AUGCGAGGUAGCAGUUCAGAGUUGCUGCUGGACGCGAGCGGGCAGAGCCACCGAACGACGACGACGGGGACCCUGACGGCGACGACGACGAUCCACAAUUUGUACAGCGGGCUGAACCACCACAGCCAGAGCAGCGGCGGGAUCUACGACAAGCAGGAACAAUCUGAGCUCCGUCGUCGCAAGCUGUUGGAGCUCGGGUUUGGAGCUUCCAGGCGGCAGCCGCCGAGGCGGACUUGCCGUCAAAGGUUCAACUUCUACGCGACCUCGGCCCUAGCACUGGUUGCGACCUCGGGCGGAGCCGCCCUCCUCUUCCUGGUCCCGCUGUACGUGGACCCCGCGAUAAGCACCCUCGCCGCGGACUUCUCGCCCCAUCCUGUUCUGUGCACCACUCUCAGGAGGGAGGAGAUCCUCGGGAUCUUCAACUGCACCUGGAGCUCCUGCAGGGAGGGCUGCACCAGUGAUGUUUAUAGAUGCACUCAUAUUUAUGUUACUUACUCGCCAGAACUCAAUUUUACUAACGCCAGUUUGUGGAGUGAAGAUAUUUACGAUGAUUAA